AUGCCACCCAUCAAGGUCUUUGUCGGUGCAGGCUACGCACCGCAACCCCGCCACGUGGUGCGGCGCAAUCGCUUUGCCUUUGGGGUUAGCAUGGGCAUUCUGCUCAACAUUGCGCUCAUGCCCAUCAAGGCGUACCUCUCGGAGGAUCUGCCGUGGACGCGCCUGCAACAAGUGCCAGCGUCGACCAACUUUACCGAGUUCAAUACCUCGACGCUUGUGGUAUUUCAAGCCGCGUACAAUGCGCAGACGUUGCCCGCAGGCACGGCGUUCAUCAACGACAACGCCCACAGCGUACAGCUCGUGCGUGAAGUACUCAAUAUAGCGUCGCACACACCCGUGGGGGCGGACGACUGCCAGAACGCAUUUCUGCUCGGGAAACCUGGCGUUCUCUACUACCCCGACUCGAUCCGCGAUUUGCUCUGCGACCUCGCGGCCCAGAAUGCGUCGUUUGUCAACAUCACGGCCUGGCACAACCGUGGCACGUGUGUCUACAACACCUAUUUUAGCCUCUACAUUGGCCAUCAGUGCGUCUGGAUCACGGCCGGAAACGCGCUGACGCCAAUACCAAUGCGGGGAAACGAGGUGACCAUCACCGCGGCCACCGGGGCGUACGCGUCGAUACCGUGGCUUUGGGUCAAGUUCGUGUUUCGCUUGGUCAUGACAUUGAUUUCGCUCCGGCUCAUGUGGACCAAAUACUACCGGCACGUACUCGCGCUCGAACGUCUCUUGGCCGAACGCGGGCACCGACCGGAUACCAAAGCGUUGUGGCACUACGAAGUGAUUUGGGGUGACCCGACAGCGAUGAUCCUUAUGGACCCAAGCAUCGCGACCAUCUUCGCCAUCGACUUCUGGCUCAGCGUCGACGUCGUCACGCUCGCCAUCAUGCGUGCAAGCCAGAGCGAAGACAUCCCGGUUAUGUUAUUGGGUUUUCUUUAUCUCUCGCGCACGCCUACGCGGCGCUGUGCGCUCACGGACAAGCGCCUCAAGCGCCUCAAGACCGAGCACACCUUUGUCGAUGUCGACCCGACGCUGGUCGCGAUCGCCGCGACCUUGUACGGUCCCAUGGUCGCCUGGACUGUCGGCAACGUUGGGUUUGCUCUUGUGGUGUUUCACUUUCUCUUCGAGCUCACGGUGCCAUCGGCGCUCGUGUACGUUCGUUUUGACGGCUGUCUGGCGUCGACGUUGUACACGCUGAUUUUGGCCAUCAUGCCUGUGCUCUACGGUUUUGGGAUGGGGCUUGUGCGCAAGGCGCCGACCAUCCAUCGCGAUAUGACGUCAUUCAGCAGCUUCAAGUUCAACAACAUCAGAACGCGGGUGCUUUUUGCGGCCAUGCAAGUGCUCGAGGGGCGCGUGCCCCCCGGCGUGGCCUCUUUUGGGGGCACCAUGUACCGUCUCUUUGAGAUCAACCCGCGCUACAAGCUGUGCCCGACGAUUAGCUUUCGAAGCACCGACUGCUUUGUCUAUUGUUAUGAAGGCGACGCGUUCAAGGAAAAGCUGCGACUUGGGCUUCUGAGCUGCCUCGACCGCAUUUUACACGAGCCUGCCGUGGCGAUUUCGGACGCUAGAGACGCAUCGCCCUUUGCGUUCAACCAGCUGCAAAUGCCUUCGGAAAAGCAGCCUACGCCGACACUCCGUCUCCCAUCCGCGCCGACGGUCUGGUGUUUGUAAUUGUCUGGCUUUUAGAUUUUUACUGUCUGAAUAAAAAUAGC